AUGGGCAGCGCCGACUCUGUGACAUGGUUGCAGAAGCUCUCUGAGCAACUCAACAUCGACGUGGACUGGAUGGACCCGUCAUACACCCUCAGCCUCCCCAUUGUCCCUCAUGACAUGACCAGUAACCAAGGCUGGGUCCACGAGCAGAUGUGCAACCCGAUCAACGACGAGCUUUUCAAGAGCGUAGUCAAAGAAUACAAAGACCAAGGCUGGCUAGCAAUUUACACUCGCAUGGCUGUCCUCAUGUCCAAAGCCAACAUCGACAAUAUCCAGGGACGAGUGCUCCUCCAGACCUUGCCAUCGAAUGCCUAUGACACCGAGAAGACACUCGAGCACGCACGCGCUUACGCCCGCGAAUUCGAGAGUGUCGGUGUCUCUAAGGAUCGAUUCUGCAUCAAGAUCCCGAGUACCGGCCCAGCGCUGAACGCAUGUCCAAUUCUCCUGCAAGAAGGUAUCCGGACUCUUGGCACGGCUUUGUUCAGCGUGCAUCAGGCGAUCGCUGCGAGCCAGGCUGGCUGUCUGUAUAUCAGCCCGUACUACAACGGAGACCGGGAAGGAGCAGCCUUUCGUGAAGAGCGCAAGGUAUGGAGCAUUGAGAAAUUCGCAGGUGUCUUUGCUGACGAAGGAAACUCAGCUUUAUCUCUCCUGAAGAAGCGAUGGCGGCAGGUGAAUUGGGCUGUCAUUCGGCGACAAUCUCCCACCAGGUCCUCACUCAGCUGGCUCAACUUCCUUAUGAUGGAACUUUCGAGAACCGAUAUUGAUUACUUGGCCAACGGCGGGGCUGAGUUGGAUAAGGCGAAUGAAGAGGACCCGCAGACAAAGAAGCGACUUCGGGAAGCUCUUGCGCUGUUUGUUGCAGCUGAGAAGAGAAGCCAGGCCAAGAUUGAAGAAGCGAUGAAGGCAGUCUAG